ACGACACACUGUGGGUGGGGCCGAAAGAACAGUUUGUUCUUUAAUUUUACCAAAAAAAUGUUUGCUAGGCCUGUCAUCCGUAGUUAUUUAUUUAUUUACAUUUAAACAGCUGUAAACUCUUUGUAACGACACUGUGUGCGUCGUGUGGUCGGUUACAGUGUUUAAGUGUGCUGCGAGUGACUUCCUUCCUGUCCAGAACUUGACGUCACGCAGCGGAAGAGUUCUCACUUAUUUUCAUGCUAAUAUGGCAGCGCCGUCGGGUGGAGGCGAUACGGGCAUUGGCAAUGACCAGAUAAUUGCUUUGGGAUCUGCGCUUCUCAAUAACUUCAUCUACGAACGAGUUCGUCGCCAUGGAAACAGCGAAGCUGAAGAAACCCGAAGUCAGCUGGGUGGUGUCGAGCUGUGCGACCCCAGCCAUAAACGUCUUGCGAUGUGUUUGCAGCAGAUUGGAGACGAGCUGGAUGGAAAUGUGCAGCUGCAAACGAUGUUAAACGACUCUGCUCUUCAACCAACUCAAGACGUCUUCAUUAGAGUGGCCCGUGAGAUCUUCUCUGAUGGGAAGUUCAACUGGGGCAGAGUGGUGGCGCUUUUCUACUUCGCUUGUCGGCUUGUCAUCAAGGCUAUUGCAACCAGGAUUCCUGACAUCAUCAGAACCAUCAUAAGCUGGACUAUGUCAUACAUUCAGGAACAUGUUAUUAACUGGAUCAGGGAACAGGGUGGAUGGGAGGGAAUCCGCUCCUAUUUCGGAACCCCGACAUGGCAGACCAUCGGCGUUUUCCUGGCUGGGGUACUCACCACAGUGGUGGUGAUCCGCAAAAUGUGAACGGACUGACAGGAAGGUGGAGAGCAUGAGAAGAGAGAGUUGAGACGAUGAACAGAGGGUGAAACAGAGCAGCAAAGAAGAACAGAAAGAUGAGGGGGAAGAGAAAGGGAUUGAGAG